AUGUGUGAAUUGAAGAAGGAACGAGAAACCGAACUAGUGACUAGCAUCAAAGACAGUCAACGGCCAUCACGGAAUUUAGCGAACAAAGUUAACAAGAAAGAUAGUAUGCAAGAGACAGAGCCGAAUAGAACGCCGGAGCUGGACAAAAACGAUCUACCGAUUGAUAAAAUUCAUUCAAAGUUGGGUAAAAAAAAAGGGCAGUCAAAGGAUCUCGCACUUAAGCGUUUUUACUCUCUUGAACGAAAGCUUGCUAAGAAUCCCAGAAUCAAAGAGGAAUAUUCUAAUUUCUUAGAGGAGUAUGAGAAAUUAGGUCACAUGACCCCUGUCGAAAAGGAUGACAUUACUACACCUCACUAUUAUCUACCCCACCAUGCCGUUUUAAAAGAAUCUAGCGAAACAACCAAACUUCGCGUUGUUUUCGAUGGCUUCGCGAAGACAACGUCAGUUUUGAAUUCCCGACCCCUUAGUCCCUUAUCUAGCGACAUUAACGACCCGGAACCCCUUACCCCAGCACACUUUUUGAUCGGACGAAAGUUGACUUCUCCGCCCCAGCCAGACCUUUCGGAAAUUUCCGACAAUAGGUUGAGCAAAUAUCAACAUGUGCAGAAAAUGGUUCAGCAUUUCUGGCAACGAUGGUGCAAAGAAUACAUCGCCGAAUUACAGGUCAGACAUCGAUGGAAAGUGUCGAGGGACAAUAUGUUAGCCAAGGACACCUUAGUUAUUGUCCAAGAGGAACAAUUACCGCCAUUUAAAUGGCGUACUGGUCGCGUGAUAGGACUUCAUCCGGGAAUCGAUGGUGUUAUUCGAGUGGUCACCAUAAAGCUUCCAAACGGAACAGUGAUAAAACGUGCUGUGAACAAAGUGUGCGUUUUACCUAUGCAAAACUAA